UUGGUUUGAUUUCUGCGACACAAGUUUCCGGUGCUCCCUCGCAUUUCUCCCCGUGUUGCAGGAGAGUUUGAGUGUGUAUUUUUUAACGCUAGUUAUCUUAAUAACUAGUGCAGAAGCAAUCAUAACAGUUAAUAGGUGAGAGGAGAGAACAACAAGCCGUCAAGAUGCCGAGAAUUAUGAUAAAAGGAGGCGUUUGGCGCAACACUGAGGAUGAGAUCCUGAAGGCAGCUGUGAUGAAAUAUGGGAAAAAUCAGUGGUCUCGUAUCGCCUCCCUGCUUCAUAGGAAGUCAGCCAAACAAUGCAAAGCCAGAUGGUACGAGUGGUUGGACCCCAGCAUCAAGAAAACAGAAUGGUCCAGAGAAGAGGAGGAGAAGCUGCUUCACUUGGCCAAGCUGAUGCCGACUCAGUGGAGGACCAUUGCCCCUAUCAUAGGACGCACAGCUGCCCAGUGUCUUGAGCACUAUGAAUACCUGCUAGACAAGGCAGCACAAAGAGAUAAUGAGGAAGAAGUUGGAGACGACCCCAGGAAGUUAAAACCAGGGGAGAUUGACCCGAAUCCUGAAACUAAACCUGCCCGACCUGACCCUGUUGACAUGGACGAAGAUGAGUUGGAGAUGCUGUCUGAGGCCAGGGCUCGACUGGCCAACACCCAGGGCAAGAAAGCCAAGAGGAAGGCAAGAGAGAAACAGCUUGAGGAAGCCAGGCGGUUGGCUGCUCUGCAGAAACGCAGAGAGCUGAGAGCAGCCGGAAUCGACGUCCAGAAGAAGAGGAAGAAGAAGAGAGGAGUGGACUACAACGCUGAAAUCCCCUUUGAAAAGAAACCUGCACAGGGUUUCUAUGACACCAGCAUGGAGCAGUACGUCCCUCUGGAGCCAAACUUUAAAAGACUCAGGCAGCAGCACCUGGAUGGAGAACUACGCAAUGAGCAAGAGGAGAAGGAGAGGAAGAAAGAUAAAAGUAAGAUCAAGAAGAAGAAAGAGAGCGAUCUUCCAUCUGCCAUCUUGCAGACAAGUGGAGUGGCAGAGUUCACAAAGAAGCGCUCCAAGCUGGUUUUACCUACCCCACAGAUCAGUGAUGCUGAGCUGGAAGAGGUUGUCAAAUUGGGUGUUGCCAGUGAGGUCGCCCGUCAAGCUGCCGAGGAAAGCGAAAGCGGAAACUCCGCCUCCUCUGCCCUCCUGUCAGAGUACAGUGUCACCAACACCAUGUCAACGGGGCUACGUACUCCACGCACUCCUGCUGUGCAGGACAGGAUACUGCAGGAAGCCCAGAACCUGAUGGCUCUGACCAACAUCGACACGCCUCUGAAGGGCGGCCUCAACACACCGCUGCACGAGAGCGACUUCAGUGGAGUAACUCCCCAGCGUCAACAGAUACAAACACCAAACACGGUUCUUAGCACACCUUUCAGAACUCCUGGACAGGGUCAGGGGCAAGAAGGCAUGACGCCUCAGGCUGGAGGAGAGAUGACCCCACGUGGGGCGGUGACACCAGGUUUGACCCCUGCCCGCACGCCCCUCAGAGACAAACUAAAUAUUAACAGCGAGGAACAACUGGCUGACCCGGCAUUCUCUAAACAUCUGCAACGAGAAAGCCUUCAGCAGCUGAGACAGGGACUGAUGUCACUUCCUGUGCCCAAGAAUGACUUUGAGAUCGUUCUUCCUGAAAACGCAGAGAAAGAACUUGAGGAGACGGAGACAGAGAUAGGGUUCAUAGAGGACUCUGCAGAAGUGGAGGCACGCAAGAUGGCUGUAAGGGCAGCAGAGAAGGAGAAGGAGCUGAAGCUGCGACACACGGCUGUUCAGAGGAAUUUCCCCCGACCCACCGAGGUAAACGAGUCCGUCCUCCGUCCUGUCUCCAUGGACCCUACGAUGGACCCCCAGCUGGCAGAGGAGCUGAUCAAACAGGAAAUGAUCACCAUGCUGCACUACGACUGUUUACACCACCCGUCGUCCAUGACGGGCAGUCAGCUACAGCGUACCAAAGGCAGAGGCCCCGCCUCCACAUCUAACAAUGCGUCACAUAUUGCGUACCUGGAAACUCACCCUUACAAGACAGUCAGCACAGAGGACAUGGAGCAGGCAAAAGAGAUUCUGGCAGCAGAAAUGGAGGUGGUGAAGGCGGGUAUGGGUCAUGGUGAUCUCAGUAUGGAGGCUUACAGCCAGGUGUGGGAGGAAUGCUACGGACAGGUUUUAUAUCUCCCUACUCAGAACAGGUACACCCGAGCUAACCUGGCGUCAAAGAAAGACCGUAUUGAAAGCCUGGAGAAAAAACUAGAUGUGAACCGUGGUCACAUGACAGCGGAGGCUCGGAAAGCAGCCAAACUGGAGAAAAAACUGAAAAUCCUGCUGGGAGGGUUUCAGUCAAGAGCACUGGGGCUCCUGAAGCAGCACAAUGAGCUGUGGGAACAGGUGGAGCAGUCAGCCACAGAGCUCCAGACCUUCAAUCAGCUGAAGAAACAUGAAGAUACAGCCAUUCCCAGGAGACAAGCAGCACUGCGGGAGGACGUGGAGAGGCAGAUGGAGAGAGAGAGAGAACUUCAGCAGAGAUAUGGAGAGCUCCUGAUGGAGAGGGAGGCACUGAUUAACAGUGCUCAGAAAUAUUGAACCACACACAUGCUUCACAAACUCGUGGAGAAACUAAUUCCAAGAUAAAAGAAACUCUAACAAACAAAAAUGAGUUUCCUCUCUUCAGCAGUCCGACUCAUCGUGUUCAACAUUCAGUCAUGUAUCGAUAUUUGCGGCAAUCCCCUCAGAUGAUCCCUGCGUCCAUGUUCUAAUGUUGCUAUGAUGUCACGGAGUUUUGAGCAUGCUCAGACAUCCCCUGUGUUUCUGUAUUAGUGACCAAUAAAGUUUCUUUUCAACAAUGACAA